GAGACGGGAGGAUCGUCGCAUCUCGCUCCCACACCACUCCACCCGCGAUCUAACUUCUGCUGUGAAAUAGAAAUAGCAACACUCGCGUUUACAAGCAACUGGAGAAAAUGUGAUUGUGUAUGUGUGUGUGUGUGUGUCUAUAUGAGGGGAGUGAUGUGAUGUGUUAGUGAGUGGAUAACUGGAGGAUUUGUUGUGGAUUUCAAUUGGAUCAUUUCGAUGGCGGCCGGGGCGGGCGGGCGGCGCGCGGCGUGACGCGGCGGCGCACGGAGACUACUCACGACAUGACGCUCAUUACAGGUGAAAUAUGCGUGCGCACGUCAGCGGUGGUGGUGGCGCUGGCGGGCGGCGCGGGCGCGCGCGUGGCCGGCAAGAUGGGCGGCUACUCCAACCACGCACACGGCAAGUCAACAAGCGGCAUCAACGAGGAGAUCAUCUGGAUCAGCAUCAGCAUGGCCAUCGCCAUCGCCGUGCUCAUCGCCAUCGCGCUCUGCUACAUCCUGAAGGAGAAGUGCGACAAGCGGCGCGCCUACCGCGAGCAGUCGUGACGCUACAAGGAGGAGUUUGCCAAGCACGCGCUGGCGGACUCCUCCCCGCACCCCCCGCUGGACGAGUUCCCCUCUUACACCCUGUACCCGCAGUACUCGCCCGACGGCCAGGAGUACUACUACAACUUCCACCGCUUCUCCUACCUGAGGGACAGCUUCAAACUGCCCCCCAGGGAUUACCCGCAGGAGUAUCCUGUGAAGGCGAAUGAGGUGUAUAUUACUGCGUGAGGGUUUGCUACGAUGUUGCUACGCGGCUACGAUGUUGCUACGCAGCUACUUUGUUGCUACGCUGCUACGAUGUUG